AUGUUCAGAGACAGCCUCGAUGAUGUGGGUACCAUCAGCAAGAACUCCGUUGAACACGAUCUUGGCUCCUUCUGGAACUUCAGCAGCUGGAGCAGCAGCUUCAGUCGACUCGACGUGAACGGCUUGGACAGCCUCCUCAGUUGGAGCACUUUCCUCCUUGUUUUCUUCUGCUGGAGCCUCGUCGAAUUUCUCCUCAACAGAGUUCUCCUCCUUCUUAUCUCCAUGGGUUACCUUCUCCACAACAGCAUCUUUCACUUCCUCCAACUUCUCAACAGCAUCUGUGAAUGCCUCGUGGAUCACAGCAGAGGCAUUCUGAACGGCUUCUUGGAUUGCAGAGUCCUUGGCCUCCUUGGCCUCAACUUCGUCGACUGGCUUAUCCUCAGUGUUCUUGGCGAACGGGAUCAGAUUCUUAGCCGACAACAAGAUUCAGACGUCUUCUGCAGAACUCACCGUAAGAACUCUUGGUUUCUUCGUGUUAAAGAAAUGUUCCAGAAGGUUUCGGAACAUUUAAAACGAAUCGUUCGAAAUGGAGGAGAAGAGAGGGGAAGGGAAAAAAUAUGA